GUCAGUUGAAUAUUUGAAGCGAAUAUGUGGAUCUGUAAAUUAGUUAUAUAUUCUCUGCUCUCCGGAUUUGUAGCUACUCAGAUUUGUGAUGUUCCGUUUACAAGAUAUAUCGGUGGAAAACGCAUUCAAGGCAAACGAAAGCAAUGCUGCAGGGGCUACAGAAAAUUAGGCACUUCCAAACUCAACUGUGUGCCAAUUUGCAAAAACGCCUGCUCGAAUGGCAAAUGCACAAAGCCAAAUGAGUGUACCUGCAAUGUGGGCUAUGUCAACUUAAACCGUAUUAAAUCAAACCGUUGUGUACCCAAUUGCAAGGGCUGCAAUCAUGGAGAAUGCCUAGCCCCUGGCCGCUGUGUCUGUAACGGGGGCUACCAGCUGGAUAGCAAGACCGGCAACUGUGUGCCCCAAUGUGCCGGCGGCUGCCCCAAUGGCACUUGCACUUCGCCCAACAGGUGCAGCUGCAACAAAGGAUACACGCUGAAUGUCACCACCCAGGUGUGCCAGCCCACCUGCGAGGAUAACUGCCAGCGAUUCAAUGGAUUCUGUGCGGCGCCCAACCGAUGUGAUUGCAAUUCCGGCUAUAUUCUAAAACCGAACUCGAAAACCUUCGCCUGCCAGCCCGUUUGUAAAAAUGGUUGCAAAAACGGAGUUUGCCGAGCUCCCGACGUCUGUGAGUGCAAUAAAUUCUUUCAGAAAGAUGCCGAUAAGAACUGCGCCCCCAUCUGCGAGGGGGGAUGCUUGAAUGCAAAGUGUACGAAGCCGGACGUCUGUGAGUGCCUUCCGGGUUAUACGCCAAUCAGCCCAAAUGUCUGCCUGGCCGUUUGUCCAUCGGGCUGCAAAAACGGCGACUGCGUGGCGCCGGAUGUGUGCUCCUGCCACCCAGGACACUCCAAGCUGGACGGCGUCUGCUCUCCUGUUUGCAAGGCUGGAUGUGAGAACGGAUUCUGUAUUUCACCUGAUAAAUGUUCGUGCAAUGAAGGAUAUGAGAUGAAUAUUGAGAACAAGUGUAUUCCAGUUUGCGAAGGUGGAUGUGAGAACGGAUUCUGUAUUUCACCUGACAAGUGUUCCUGCAAUAAAGGAUAUGAAAUGGAUAUUGAAAACAAAUGUAUUCCAGUUUGCGAAGGUGGAUGUGAGAACGGAUUCUGUAUUUCACCUGAUAAAUGUUCUUGCAAUGAAGGAUAUGAGAUGGAUAUUGAGAACAAGUGUAUUCCAGUUUGCGAAGGUGGAUGUGAGAACGGAUUCUGUGUUUCACCUGACAAGUGUUCCUGCAAUGAAGGAUACGAGAUGAAUAAUGGCAACAAAUGUACUCCGAUUUGCAAAGGUGGAUGUGAGAACGGAUUCUGUAUUUCACCUGACAAGUGUUCCUGCAAUGAAGGAUAUGAAAUGGAUGUUGAAAACAAAUGUAUUCCAGUUUGCGAAGGUGGAUGUGAGAACGGAUUCUGUAUUUCACCUGAUAAAUGUUCUUGCAAUGAAGGAUACGGAAUGAAUAAUGGCAACAAAUGUACUCCGAUUUGCAAGAGUGGAUGUGAGAACGGAUUCUGUAUUUCACCUGACAAGUGCUCCUGCAAUGAAGGAUAUGAAAUGAAUACUGGCGACGAAUGUAUUCCGAUUUGCAAAGGUGGAUGUGAGAACGGAUUCUGUAUUUCACCUGACAAGUGCUCCUGCAAUGAAGGAUACGGAAUGAAUAAUGGCAACAAAUGUACUCCGAUUUGCAAAGGUGGAUGUGAGAACGGAUUCUGUAUUUCACCUGACAAGUGCUCCUGCAAUGAAGGAUAUGAAAUGAAUACUGGCGACAAAUGUAUUCCGAUUUGCAAAGGUGGAUGUGAGAACGGAUUCUGUGUUUCACCUGACAAGUGCUCCUGCAAUGAAGGAUAUGAAAUGAAUACUGGCGACAAAUGUAUUCCGAUUUGCAAAGGUGGAUGUGAGAACGGAUUCUGUAUUUCACCUGACAAGUGUUCCUGCAAUGAAGGAUAUGAAAUGGAUAUUGAAAACAAAUGUAUUCCAGUUUGCGAAGGUGGAUGUGAGAACGGAUUCUGUAUUUCACCUGACAAGUGCUCCUGCAAUGAAGGAUAUGAAAUGAAUACUGGCGACAAAUGUAUUCCGAUUUGCAAAGGUGGAUGUGAGAACGGAUUCUGUGUUUCACCUGACAAGUGCUCCUGCAAUGAAGGAUAUGAAAUGAAUACUGGCGACAAAUGUAUUCCGAUUUGCAAAGGUGGAUGUGAGAACGGAUUCUGUAUUUCACCUGACAAGUGUUCCUGCAAUGAAGGAUAUGAAAUGGAUAUUGAAAACAAAUGUAUUCCAGUUUGCGAAGGUGGAUGUGAGAACGGAUUCUGUAUUUCACCUGACAAGUGCUCCUGCAAUGAAGGAUAUGAAAUGAAUACUGGCGACAAAUGUAUUCCGAUUUGCAAAGGUGGAUGUGAGAACGGAUUCUGUAUUUCACCUGACAAGUGCUCCUGCAAUGAAGGAUACGGAAUGAAUAAUGGCAACAAAUGUACUCCGAUUUGCAAAGGUGGAUGUGAGAACGGAUUCUGUAUUUCACCUGACAAGUGUUCCUGCAAUGAAGGAUAUGAAAUGGAUAUUGAAAACAAAUGUAUUCCAGUUUGCGAAGGUGGAUGUGAGAACGGAUUCUGUAUUUCACCUGACAAGUGCUCCUGCAAUGAAGGAUAUGAAAUGAAUACUGGCGACAAAUGUAUUCCGAUUUGCAAAGGUGGAUGUGAGAACGGAUUCUGUAUUUCACCUGACAAGUGCUCCUGCAAUGAAGGAUACGGAAUGAAUAAUGGCAACAAAUGUACUCCGAUUUGCGAAGGUGGAUGUGAGAACGGGUUCUGUGUUUCACCUGACAAGUGUUCCUGCAAUGAAGGAUACGAGAUGAAUAAUGGCAACAAAUGUACUCCGAUUUGCGAAGGUGGAUGUGAGAACGGAUUCUGUAUUUCACCUGAUAAAUGUUCUUGCAAUGAAAGAUAUGAGAUGAAUAUUGAGAACAAGUGUAUUCCAGUUUGCGAAGGUGGAUGUGAGAACGGAUUCUGUAUUUCACCUGACAAGUGUUCCUGCAAUGAAGGCUAUGAAAUGGAUAUUGACAAAAAAUGUAUUCCAGUUUGCGAAGGUGGAUGUGAGAACGGAUUCUGUAUUUCACCUGACAAGUGCUCCUGCAAUGAAGGAUACGGAAUGAAUAAUGGCAACAAAUGUACUUCGAUUUGCAAAGGUGGAUGUGAGAACGGAUUCUGUAUUUCACCUGACAAGUGUUCCUGCAAUAAAGGAUAUGAAAUGGAUAUUGAGAACAAGUGUAUUCCAGUUUGCGAAGGUGGAUGUGAGAACGGAUUCUGUAUUUCACCUGAUAAAUGUUCUUGCAAUGAAGGAUACGAAAUGAAUAAUGGCAACAAAUGUACUCCGAUUUGCAAAGGUGGAUGUGAGAACGGAGUUUGUGUUUCACCUGAAAGGUGUUCUUGCAAUACAGGAUAUGAGAUGGAUAUUGAGAACAAGUGUAUUCCAGUUUGCGAAGGUGGAUGUGAGAACGGAUUCUGUGUUUCACCUGACAAGUGUUCUUGUAAUCAAGGUUUCGAGGUGGAUAAUAAGAUCAAGUGUGUUCCAAUUUGCAAAGGUGGAUGUGAGAACGGAAUCUGUUCCGCUCCCGGAAUAUGUUCAUGCAAUGAGGGAUAUGCCCGUGCGGGUAACGAGACUUGUAUUCCAACCUGUAAGAAGGGAUGUCAAAAUGGAUUAUGUAAGUUGCCUGGGCAGUGUCAGUGUUUCGACGGGUUUAAAAAGUCGGUCGAUGGUGAUUGCGAGCUCCACUGUCCCAGUUCAUGUCAGAAUGGCAAAUGCAUUUCUCCAGGUAUUUGCAAGUGUGAUGACGGCUUUAUUUUUGAUGGGCAAACUGGAAGCUGUUUACCUGAGAAUAAAAAUUUUGUUGAUAUGGACUGUCAACAGUCUUGCCAGAAUGGAACCUGCCUGGACGGAAUAUGUACGUGUGAGGAUAACUAUAAACUGCACAGAGAUAGGAUCGACAAUCGAAGGCUAUCCUGCCUCCCAAUUUGCGAGCCUGAGUGCAUCAACGGAUACUGUGAAGCACCAGGGAUAUGCGCCUGUUUCGAUGGCGAAAGUUCAAUCGAUGGCUAUCAUUGCCCAUCUUUGGAUUCAUCCGAGGCUCUGGAAUCAUCCAAAUAUAAGAAAAAACAGAUUAAGCAAUUAAAGUGGAUAUUUGUUACCAUUGCAGUGGCCGCCUUGGUAUUGGCGAUGGUGAUUGCCAUGCUCAUGAUGCAUAUUUUUAAGAAGCACUCUUAUCGAGUGGACGAGAACGAAAAGAAAUUCGGCGUAUACUUCUCUGCAAAAAUGGCGGACAUAAUUCGGGCCUGAUUUUUGACUAAAAACCAGCAAUAUUCUCAUUAUUUAAUAAAGCGUAGAAAUGAAAUUAAA